AUGGCGUCCUCUUUGCCGCCUUUGCGAGCCCUGCCGCUGAAGUACCGUCGCAAGAGUUUAACUGCUUCCGACGUCGAAGACCAGCUUUCUGCGCAUUCCCCAUCCAACGCGUGCUCGUCCUCUCCCCCGCCGCGGCGCAACGCGUCCUACUACACACCCUAUCCAUACCAGGCCGAUGCUUAUUAUUCUUCAGCGUCGUCUUCGCCUGUCGCAUCAUCUGCUAUGUUAAGCAGCAUCCCAAACUCUCCUGUUGAGUACGCUCGAAUCCGGGAACAGUCUAGCCCCAUUCACGGUCGAGCAUCCGAAUACGCCGUCCAUGCGCGCGACUUGCACGACGAUGAGGCUGCAGACGCAAUUACCUAUCAAGACGUACCUUUGGAAUUGCACCCGAAGUGCUCCGCGUAUUCGGCGUAUGUGCGCACGGGCUACACUGUACCGCUCUCACCCUUGCUUCCUUCUCUUGAUGUGCGCUUCGCGUCUCGGAAUCCGCACCAUUCUCCGUCUGAUGCUUCGGAGGAGUUACCUUUGAAUUCCGAUUAUGGCGUGGACGGCUUGGAGGACGGGGACCACGGAGCUCGUGAUGAUGAUCCCAUCGAUGACGGGGAUGAUAUGAUGUUCGACAUGGACAUACUCCUUCAUCGGCGCCGUAUAUCAUUCUCAACCUCUGCCGAGCGCGAAAAGCCUUUCGUCCGGCCAAGGGCCUCUCUUGGUGGUCGUACGACAAGUUGCCCGCCUGCACAUAACAGCACGACCUUGACGAUGACGCGCCCCAUCCCGCGAACGAACAGCCGAUCAGACCCCAUUCCCACACUCCCCAUGUCACGAAUGCCUUCGGAUGUCUGUAAUCGUCAGCCCUUACUACGGCUAGAUGGACCUUCUGGGAGCUACUUUUGUGCGACGCCUAGCACGCCGUCUACUUCCGCCAGCCUCGUACCUCCAUUACCGUCUUCUCCUCUGAUGCCCGUGGAUCUGUCUUCACAUUUCUCCGAAGCCUUUAAUCCAACACCAACACCGUCAUCCAGUAUUCUUGAAUCUCAUAGACGAUCCUCUAUGCUUCCAUCACCAUCCUUAUCGAUGGAUUUGGUUGAUGAAACGCCUAUGACCCGCCGUAUGCAUAUUGGAGGUCAAGAUUAUUCCCCCACACUGCACAAUGCUGUACAGGAUUGUCCUUUUACGCCUUCCGCCCGUUCAUUUGUUCGGUCGACAUCGUCUUUGUUUUCCCUGCUCAAUCCUACUCCUGAGCCAGAUUCUAUGUCUAAGCCGUCGUUGCUUCUAAGACUCCACAAUGAUACGCAUGAACCACCGAGCGCAUUCGUCGAGGUUCACUCGCCUGUAAACUCUCCUCUUGACGUGGAGUUCGCGUCUACAUCCGUUGAACUUCCAUUGCCAUCGUUUGGGGUCAGUGCACUGAACGGUGACUGCGCAGCUAUGUUGGAAGUAAAUGCUAUUGCUGACGAUAAUGCAAGCGUGUCUGAUGGGGAUGUCAUCGAUGAUGCGAGAUCAUCUCCUUUGGUAUCUCUAACACCUAGUCGCCCCUCGACUCCCGAGAACGACUAUCAGUUUUCUUCUCCGCUUUCGUCCCCACUGUCACUCUGUCACACGCAAGCUCAUGUCAGGGCUUUCCCCUCGAGCCCCAGAUCCUCUCCUCUGUCUACGCCGCCAUCUUCACCUCGUCUGUGUGUGCAAGACGUUGCUUCGAGUCCCUCUCGACCACCUGCUGUAGAUUCCUCUGUUGGAAACCGCCGACCUCGGAAACACACAGGCGAGCGAAAACGUAAUCACGCAGCACAACGGUGUCCAUUGCCAUCAUCGAGUGCCGCACCUACAACCUCGGAGUCCAAGGAUGGCCUCAACUCCAAGAAAAGAGUCAGGUCGAAAGACGAUGGCCAGCGUCAGAGAAAGCGCCCGAGGGUAUCGCAUCCCGUGGCCUCCAAAACGAGUGCAGCCAGCCCAGGUCAUGAUCCGCCGCGUAACGACGGGGCUCGUGAGCCUACACGUACGUCUGGCAAACCUCGCUCCAAGCCUACAACCACAUGGCAGGAUCAUGGAAAGGUGGACAAAAGUUUGUUAGAAGUCAAGCGAAGAAAGGAAGGAUCGAAUGAACGUUCCAAGAAGAGACUCAAAGUGGUUCUUUCCGACUCUGAAUCCGAGGAAGAGGAUGUAGCAGCGAAAGCUAAAGUGAGAGCUAAGGCGGGCGAGCGAGAGAAGGAGAACAAGUCCUCACAAGGGAGGCUGCUUGGGCUUACAACAGCUGCGAAGCAAGCAGAGAAAGAGAUGAAACGGAAAGCGGAAUGUACUGCUGAAGAGGAGGGAGAGAACACUGUCCCGUCUUCAUCUGUGAAAACAUCCGCCUCUAGUUCCGCGCCUUCGCGUCUGAACAAGCAAAGGUCGAGUCAAGACUCGCUCAAACAUGUUGUGGCCCCCACCCCGAGCCUGAGCAGGAGCAUCGAUUUACCUCUUCCUCUGACUGAGCUGCAAGGCAUGCUCAUCGAGACGCUAGCCACCUCUCGAGCAUCUUCUCUUCCAGCAUCAUCCCUUUAUAAUGGCAUCAUUGCGAGUCGGCCCGCACUCAAAGAUUCUCCGAGUAUCAGUACUGGUGGCUGUAUGUCUAAAAACGAAUGGAUAGCGGUGAUUGAGGACGUCUUGGAGACUGGAUGCAAGGCCAGUGGUGUCUUUGACAAGGUGGAAAACAAUGGGAAAGGCUCUGCUGACCACAUGCUAGAAGCGCAAUGGUUUUACGUUCCAGAAAAGGAUGAUGAUCAGGAGCGGGCGACGCUCAUCCGUAGUAUGAUGCCCCGUCCAGGCAAAAGGUCGGAGACGAAGAAGUCAAAGCAGUAUUAUUGGCGGCCUCUGGGCAAGAUCUCGCGGUGGGAUCCAGAAGAUGACUUGUAG